AGAAUAAAAAAACACAUUUCCCCCAUUCAUGAUUCAUUUACACUCUCUCGGCCCUUGUUCUCACCCAUUUGUCGUCAACCACCGUUUCUCGAAUCUACUGCCAUGGCGCUCUCUCGCUGCCUGCUCACGCUUCCGCCGGAAACUCCAGAGCUUUUAGGUACUCGGUCCGCUGCCUCUGUUGUCAGCCCAUCGCUUUCAGUCCCCAAAUUUUCCAGCUCGCACAUCCUUAGAGGUCGCAAUUUCUCCUUUUCGCCUAAUCCACUACGAUCUUCGUUUCGAGUGAGAUUAACUCCACAGGGAUUUGAAAUGAGCCCACCUCCGGAUGCCUUUACCGAGUUUAAGAAGUUGCUUCUUCCAGUAGUCGACCGCAAUCCUUAUCUUACGGAGGGUACAAAGCAGGCCACAAGCACCACUGCUGCUUUGGCAAAGAAAUAUGGGGCUGAGAUUACAGUCGUAGUUAUCGACGAAAAGGAGAAGGAAACUUUGGAGAACCAUGAGACUCAAGUAGCUACCAUUAGGUGGCAUUUAUCUGAAGGUGGCUUUCAAGAAUUUAAGCUUUUAGAGAGGCUUGGAGAUGGAAAGAAGCCGACAGCUAUAAUAGGAGAGGUUGCUGACGAAAUGAAUAUGGAUCUGGUGAUACUGAGCAUGGAGGCCAUACAUUCCAAACAUGUCGAUGCCAACUUGCUGGCCGAGUUCAUUCCCUGUCCCGUUUUACUUCUUCCUCUGUGAUAUGAAUUUGAAAAAAUGCAAAUUGUUUAUUUAAAUCGGUUCUUAAAUGUUUGUGGUUCACAAAAGCAAGUCUUUGGUGCUUCGAUGAAUGAAUGCAAUAGAGAGAGUUUUAGUCGCCAAUAAUUAAAAAUCUUGAGUAAUUCAUAAAUGAAUCAUUACUUUGUGGAUGAGUAACAGAUUUUUUGGGUAACCAAAGCUAACAUAUGUUCUUGCUAAAUCGCCGAAAGAUUCCUCUGGUUUCCUCCUCGAAGUUCGAGAGUGUUGCGAUUGAGGGGAAAUUGGGAAUUUGUAGGGUUUCGGAUGAUCUUUAAUUUGGGGGGUAUGUCUGAGAAGUUAGAAGGUGUAUGUAGGGAUGGUGACUGACAAGAGAUAUAUGUGGAAAGUGUCGAAAGAGAAGGAUAGUUCUAGAAGUCCUUGAUUUUAUGAGAAUUUGUAGAUUUUAAUAUUUAU